AAGAGAUCAUGUCAGUACCUGUGUGUCCUCAAUUUAUCCCCGGAACACCUGCCUUUGACACGGUCGACCACCCAAGAGAAAACCCAAAUCCAAACAGCAGUGAAAACGGUGAUGUUGCAAUGAGUCUGGAGGACGAAGCCGGCUCGCAACUGCACACAAGCAAAUCGUGCGAUGCCGUGGUGGAGAAGUGCCAGACGGGCCACAUAGAGGUGGCAGGAGGUGACGCCGAGGGUUUCGAGAGCGAGUCUCGGCAUUCCAUUAAGAGACAGCUUUCUUUCCCCUCCACGAAGGAGACGCUGUCCAAGAUCAAUGACGUAAAGAAGUUCCUGCAGGUGUAUGAUUCGGACCCUAGCUUGAUACAGCCCCUGCAGAGGAUUGAAAGUUUUGUGAACAAGAAGAAGUACGAAGGGAAAAGGAGGAAGACAGGACAAGAGUCUAAUAGUCUCGAAUACUAGUAUCUGCAAGAGCUUGAAGGCCUUCCUGUACGUUUAUGUCUUUCUCGUGAUUACACAUCAUUGAACAAGAGAUGGAUCUGUUUAUAAAUAACUACUUUUGUGAAGGAGCUAAGGUCUUGGUUUAAUUUGGGGUGUAGACGCAAGAAAUAGGAUGUGAUAUAUACACAAGAAAUGUGUGAUAUAUAAAGGUGAGACGAGAGGUUAACAGUCUCGAAUACAGAUGUCUUUCUCAUGGCUGUGUAUUUUUUUUUUUUUCUUAUUUUUCUUUUUUAUUAUUACUAUUUUUUAAUGUAUAAGACCUGAAUGGGAGAGAGAACACUUUAUGAAUGACUGCUUAUGCAAGACAUCUUGAAAUCUGAAUUAAUGUAGGACUUAAGUACGCAAGAAAAAUGUGAUACGUGAUGUGCUCAAUUCAGCUCACUUAGAAUUUUAUCAUUAAUGAAUUUCUCAAUCACUGAAACCCUAUAAUUGAAGUGAAAAAAAGACCUCUGUUUAUUUUACCUUAGAUAAUGUUAUGAGUGGGUGAGGUUUUUCCCUAGUUAGGAUUUUUAUCUAAAAAAACUAUGGAGCCAAGUAUGUAGUUAUAGAUGCAUAUAAGUUUAAUUAUUCUUAAUCAAUGUGAUGUAAUGUGAUGCUAUUUGAUUAGUGUGAAGUAAAUGCAGUCUUCAUAGUCACACAUUAAGUUAAAAAAAAAGAAAAACAACUUCAUUUUGCUAUAGUUUCCGAUUAAAAUUUGGUUAAAAUCGACCUGACAAGUACAAGCUGCAAAUCAUAAUAUUAGCAAAAAAAAAAAAAAAAAAAAAAAAAAAUGAAGUACUGAUACUUUUGUUACUCUACACUUCUCUUGUUAGUAUGGAUUUGUAACAUACAAUUUUUUUUUCUUUUCUUUUCUUUUUUUUUUUUGUACUGUACUGUGCAUUUUAUACUGUUAGGAUAUAGUGUGAUAAAAAAAUUCUUAAUAUUGUAUGCUGAAAGAUAUAGGUUUUUAUCUGAAGAAUUAGCAGGCAAGCAUUUCUUUUAGAGAUAUGUUAGUUUUUUUUUUUUAACUGAAAGGUUUAUUAAACAAUAAGUGGUGAGAUAUUAAUAGGUAUUAACUAAAAAGAAAAAAAAUAUAGAUUUAAGGAAAAUGAAAAAUAAGUUUUACUGCAAGGAAAAAAUCUUUUAAAUGUUUCCUUAACAUUCAGAAUGAAGAUUUAAUUAUAUAUUAUAUACAUAGAAAAUAUAAAAUUAUGUAUCUGGAAUUAGUUAUGAAAGAAUCUGUGAUUUUUUAAAAAUUAUAACUGAAGUGCAAUAGAUUCAAGAAAACAGGUAUAUGGGAUUUUUGCAAUUAGUCAAUAAUAGAUUAGAAAAAAUAGUUAACCAAUCAGUAGUCUUAAUAGUAGAGUAAAACUUCAAAGCAUUUAUUUAAAACACCUUCAAGAACACAAGCAAAUUAAAUAAGUACUUUUUUUGUUGUUGUUGUUGAACUUUUACCAAACUGGAAUUCUAUACAGAGACAUAUACUUACAGUUAUAUCAAUCAAGGAUAUAAUGCCAUGUCAUAAAAUAAGCUUGUGAUAUAUAUAUAUAUAUAUAUAUAUAUAUAUAUAUAUAUAUAUAUAUAUAUAUAUAUAUAUAUAUAUAUAUAUAUAUAUAUAUAUAUAUAUAUAUAUAUAUAGAUUACCAAUACCACUAGGAGACAAUCAGCUCACAAAUUAGUUGUGGGUUUUAUCAUCAUCAUAAAGGGGAUACACUGUGUUCAGUUAUCAGUGCAAUAGGUUGGUGUUCCUUUAUAGUCUUCCACAGUGUGAUUAGUAGAAGCUCUUUUUUUAUUAUUAUUAUUAUUAUUCAUGAUGCGAUUGAGGUUUGCAAAGUAUCUAGCUUCGUCUGGGCCUUCUGGCUAUGGCCAGGAUGUUAUUAUUCAUUAAUGUAGAUAUUGCUAGUUUGUGUAAUUUUAUUUUUCUUUAUACAUCAUUAAAGAUUAUUAUGGUGCUGGAUUUUACAAGGCCAUGCAAUAAGUAUAAAAUGAAAUGUUCUGUUGACCAGCUACAGGGGAACAAUCUAGUACAUGCGUGCUAUGGUUUGUAACAUAUUUGCAUUUAUUUCAUAUAUAAUUUUUUUUAAUGAUUUUGAAUUCUGUUAAAGAAUUAUAGCCUUUCUUAUACAUUUAUCCUUGUCCUGAACCUCUUAAAAUUAACCAAUUUUUACUGGUACCACAUUUUGAUAUUACUCUAUGACAAAUAGAAUAAGGUCACUCUUUGGUCAUCGUUCAUAUAUAUUGGUCUGAUAUUAUGAAUUAAGUUUUAUAUAUAUCUAUUUACCGUUAUGCUAUUGUAAUUUAUUUUAUGUACUUUCUUGGUAUUACUGAUAUCUCAUUUAUUUACAAUUUUCUUUUUCUGUUUCUCUCUCUCAGUAUAACAUUGUCACUUGCAAAGCCCUUAAGAUCUGGUCAGGGAUCCGUCUUGUAUUAUCGCUGUUGUUCUGACAUUAAUGGUUGGCAGGUUAUACUUUAGAUCUCAAAUCCACUGUCUGAUAUUAUUUUGUUGUACUCUAGAUCUCUCUUAGUUAUUCAUCUAAUUUUUUUUUUGUAUCUUUUGUAUCUUUAUAUUUAUAAGGCUUAACAAAGUCAUGAAUGAGGAAGUAUGGUUACUAAAAAGAUGAAUUCAUGAAUUGAUUAUGUCAACAUUUGGGGUAAAUAAUUCAUUUUGUGCCAUUAUUCUCUAUAAAAUUGUGUUGUAUUUGAGUAAACUCUCUUUAUAAUAAUAAUGUUUUUUUAUAUAUUGCCAAACAUGUAUUGUAUAUGGCACUCUUGUUUUAGAUUUGAAAAUUUGAUGAUGCAUAUUAAAUUUUUUAUGCAA